UUUUUAAAAAAAUAUGCUUUAAAAGCAAUCUUCUGCUAUUGACAUUCCCUAAGCCGCUCUUAUGGAUUUGACUAAAGUAAUCUUGGAUAUAUUUUGGGUUUGUUGAGGCAUGGUCAAGACCCAGGAGCAAAGAGUGAUUACUGCCAUGGAGGCGCAGGCUGCAACCGCAACACUGCCAGGCCUGAAACAUUUGCGUGACAGUGUUCAGAACUGGGACACGGCUGUCCUUACUCUGUCCGUCACGGCUGCAGCCAUCGCCGACAGCGCCGGUGUGUUGGCGAAACGGGCUGGCUUGUGCUCCUGGCAGGCUGAAAACACAAAUCCACCUGGCGCAACAGCCAACGUGGCACUUACCCGGCCGCUGCUUUUCUCUCACCCUCUGCCGCCCCCGCCGCUCGUGGUACCAGCCGGCCAGCUCAAGCCCGGUCGCGUGUUCGUGGUGGCCAAUUUGCAGGGCGCCUACUACACACUCUUGGAGCUGCUCUCACGCAACAAAUUCGACUUCCGGUGUGAUAAUCUUCUGCAUGUUGGAAACCUUGUGGCGCCCCCCUCGGUGGUCAUGGCGAGAUCGGGUUCCGUCUGCUGCUGCGGCAGCGGCAGUCAGCAGCCGCAGUCGAGCACCGAGUCGUGGCGUGUCCGCAACUCGGCGGCGGUGCUGAAACUGAUACGGCGUCAUGGCGGCUUGGGCCCUAUGGGCGCCCAUGAAUGCCUGGUGCUGCUCACGGCGGCGCACUGCAACCGCCUGCGUGCACAGCAGCAGAUGGAGGAAAAGCAACGGCUGGCAGCGGUGCUGGCCCGGAAACUUCAGCAGGAUCCAGUGAUGGUACCUCCAGCGGGAUCCAAGACCGCUUUCCGGGCCACUUGCAGCGCGCUGUCACUGCAGCUGGCAGUGACGGCCUCUGCUUCAUCGGCAGCUUGUCCUUCACAGCGCGCGAAAUCGACAUCGUGGCUUGCCGCAGGUAGUAUGGGAAGCGACUGCUCUAGCAGCAAUGAUGAGGAUGAGGCGGUGGAGAUGGUGCCCGUGCCCAUGACGCCUCAACGAGAGGAGUGUGCAGCAACACCACCACCAUCGGUGUUGCUGGCGGAGCCCGGCGGUGGCGCCACUAUUAGCAGUCCCUACCUGGACAAUGCAGACUUAGCUCAGCUGCUGUCCUUGCCGGCUUGUGUUGUACUCGAGGCGUACCGUGUGCGGUUGCAGCAUGUAGGCCUGCUGGAUAUAGAUGACUGCAUCACCACCACCACUGCCGGUUCUAGUGACGUGGCCCUCCGCUAUCACACGCUGUUCAGUCACCGCCGGCCUGGGAGCGGCCCCGGUUGUUCUCAAACUGCUACGACUGUCACUGGCCUGACGUCGUGCCGGGAUGUGGUUCGGUUUGCGGUGCUGCCACCACUUCGGACACUGCAGCUCCUGUCACCAGGUUUCAGAGCCAAGCUAGCAGCGGCCGCGGCCCCUAGCCGAGAGGAGCUUAUGCUGGAAGUGCAUGAAGAGCCCUUAUCGGAGCUGGAUAUGCCAUGA